GCGCCGGCAACGUGGAGGUAGAGGGACUGUGCUAACUGCUUUCUGUUGUACCUCUGUCCUUCCGACACCCUACUGUAUUUGAUCCCCUAAUUUGUUGUGGAACCCCAAAGUAGACUUUGUGGCGGUGGGCGGAGUCUGUGGCCAGGGAACAGCGCGCAUGCGUAAGACGCCAGACGCGCGCCGGAAACCUGUUCUCCUAGAGGGAGGCGCAGAACGGAAGCGCUGUGGCCCUAGGGGGCGCGAGGCGGCGCGGGAGGUCUCCAUGGCUACCGAGUCCGCGGCAGCGGAGCCUGGGAUGCCAUCGCUAGUGGAUCGUUACUUCACUCGCUGGUACAAAACUGAUGUCAAAGGAAAACCUUGUGAGGACCAUUGUAUACUACAGCACUCUAACCGAAUAUGUGUCAUCACAUUAGCAGAAUCUCAUCCAGUUCUUAAAAGUGGAAAAACAAUUAAAAGUAUUUCUUAUCAGAUCAGCACCAACUGUAGCAGACUUCAGAACAAGGUUUCUGGGAAAUUUAAGCGGGGGGCACAGUUUCUAACAGAACUUGCACCUUUGUGUAAGAUUUACUGCUCAGAUGGAGAAGAAUAUACCAUAUCUAGCUGUGUUAGAGGAAGGUUGAUGGAAGUAAAUGAAAACAUUCUCCAUAACCCAUCUAUUCUUCAAGAAAAGCCAUCCACUGAGGGCUACAUUGCAGUUGUGUUACCCAAAUUUGAGGAAAGUAAAAGCAUAACAGAAGGUCUGUUGACACAAAAACAGUAUGAGGAAGUCGUGGAGAAACGCACUGAAGGCACUACAGGUACUUCGUGAAGAUUGAAGUUCUUAGUGUACCUGACUUAAGUCAUCAGCGAGUGCACUGAAGAAGUAGGACAUGUGAAGCCUACUUCACACCCAGCCAUCAGCAGAGAACAACUCGUUCUUCAUCCAGCCGACUUUCCCCCUUUGCCUUAUAUAACAAAUCCACCUUCGUCUUUAGCUCCCAGACCUACCUUGCCCAGGUACUCCCUCUGUCCUUGUCUUGCUUCUAACAGUUGGCAAAUAAGGGGUGUUUUUCUGACUCAAAAGAAGUAUACCUUAGCCAGGCAUAGUGGUGCAUGCCUGUAAUCCCAGCUGCUUGGGAGGCUGAGGCAGGAGGAUCACAAAUUGCAGGCCAGCCUGGACAAUUUCGCUAGACCCUGUCUCAUAAUAAAAAGGGCUGGAGGUUUACCACAGCAUACCUGGGUUCAAACUCCAGGACUGCAGAGAGAAAGAAAAAAGCUAAGUGGCCUUUCUUACCCAACCUGCUCAGUGGGACAUUGUUGAAAAGUCCAGUGUCACUUCCACCUCAGCUUCUCUUCCUAGGCUGUAGAUAAGAGGCAGGAAUGCAGUGUGGGCCCUGUCUCCUGAUUAGAUCAAUACGACAGCCUUCUCUUCUGAAACAGAGGAGAACUGUAACCUUGGCUUGUUAAUGAGAAGUACGUGAAAAGACUUGAAAAAAACUCCAGAAGGCUGUCUAGCAAAUGCAAGUAGUGCAUAAAUUGGUCCCAGGAAAUACUUCAUAGUCACUUGGUCUCAUACAUUCUGGUUAGUUUACUUAUAGCAAAGAAGUUCUGGAAAAUAUGUUACUCAAAGGGACACGUGCCUUGAAGCAAAUCAAAGAUGGUCACAUCAUUUAAACUAGAAAAACAAUUUAUGGCUUAAGAUUACAUACUUAAUUAUGCUAAAUUUCAACUAAAAGGAUUUUAAGUCUUGUUAUUUUUUUCCUUAAUGGAUACAGCAUGUACAGAUUUAUAUAUUCUUGCAUUUAUAUAAAAGUUUCACACAAAAGAAAUCAUUUGAUAUAUAAAUUCCUUUGGUCCCUUACCUUCCUGUGGUAUUGAAGUCAUCUUGUGCCUUCCCUGCCUGCACAUGCACUUUCACAGGUGUAUAAAAGUAUGUUGUAAGUAAAACUUUAAAAUUA